CCGGGCCCAGUGCUCUAUCAGUAGGUGCUGCUGCCUGCUCCAGAGGCUCUACGCGGUGGCGACCCAGGCUUCCCCGAGUGGACGCCGGGGCCGAGCGGCGCCCGCUUUCCUCAGCUGUGACUUCUUUUGGACAGCACAUGAAAUUUAUUAUUGUGGCAAGUUUCUUCAAAUAAAAGAUGGGUGGAUUAUUUUCUCGAUGGAGGGCAAGACCUUCAACAGUAGAAGUUCUAGAAAACAUAGAUAAGGAAAUUCAAGCAUUGGAAGAAUUUAGAGAAAAAAAUCAGAGAUUGCAAAAAUUAUGGGUUGGAAGAUUAAUUAUCUAUUCUUCAGUUCUUUAUCUGUUUACAUGUUUGAUUGUAUACUUGUGGUAUCUUCCUGAUGAAUUUACAGCAAGACUUGUCAUGACACUCCCGUUUUUUGCUUUUCCUUUGAUCAUCUGGACAUUAAGAACUGUGCUUAUUUUCUUCUUUUCCAAGAGAACAGAGAGAAAUAAUGAAGCAUUGGAUGAUUUAAAAUCCCAGAAGAAAAAGAUACUUGAAGAAGUCAUGGAAAAAGAAACUUAUAAGACAGCUAAGUUAAUUCUUGAAAGGUUUGAUCCAGACUCAAAGAAAUCAAAGGAGUUUGAGCCGCCUUCUGCCGGAGCAGCUGUAACUGCAAAGCCAGGACAAGAGAUCCGUCAGCGAACUGCAGCUCAAAGAAACCUUUCCCCAGCACCAGCAAGCUCUAAUCAGGGCCCUCCUCCACAAGUUCCAGUAUCUCCUGGGCCAGCAAAGGACGCUUCAGCUCCUGGGGGACCGCCAGAAAGGACUGUUGCUCCAGUCUUCCCCAGGCGCCUCGGAUCCCCUGCUACUUCAGUUCCUGGAAUGGGCCUUCAUCCUCCAGGUCCACCUUUAGCAAGACCCAUUCUCCCCAGAGAACGAGGUGCUCUGGAUAGAAUUGUUGAAUAUUUAGUUGGUGAUGGUCCACAGAACAGGUAUGCCCUCAUAUGUCAGCAGUGUUUUUCUCACAAUGGCAUGGCUUUGAAGGAAGAAUUUGAAUACAUUGCUUUUCGAUGUGCCUACUGUUUUUUCUUGAAUCCUGCAAGAAAAACGAGACCUCAAGCUCCACGGCUUCCAGAGUUUAAUUUUGAGAAGAGGCAGGCAGUGGAAGGCUCAAGUUCAGCUGGUCCCAUGUUACUAGAAAGUGUGCCCUCACCAGAAAGCCAGCUCAUUGAAGGAGGAACAAUACCUCAGAUGUCUCAUUUUCUAUCUGAAAUCUCCGGAAUGAAGUCUAACUGGCUCAAAGUGAACCCCAGUAAGACUCUUUAGAAGAACAAGAUGUUCUUGAUAAUAGUACUGAGCAGAGAGAUGACAAAAUACCAGUUACAGAGCAGACAAGCCAAGUGAUUGAAAAAACAUCUGGUUCAGAGGAGCCAGAAGAGAACCAAGAAGAGACAGAGAGCGAGGAAACAUCAACAAAUGAAGCCAAGUCGCCUGUUCUCAGAGCUGAUUCUGUUUCUAAUCUUGAACCAAGUGAAGAAUCUUUGGUGACAAAGUAGUAAAUCCUUCCAUGUGCCUUCAACUGGA